GUUUGAAUAUACACACAAGAAACAGACUGGUGGAGCAGGCCAGUAUGGCAAAGUUAUAGGUGUGCUUGAGCCCCUGGAUCCAGAGGACUACACAAAAGUAGAAUUUGAAGACAGAACCAUUGGCACAAAUAUUCCAAAACAAUUCGUGCCUGCUGUUGAAAAGGGAUUCCGAGAAGCAUGUGAAAAAGGUCUAGUGUCAGGCCACAGGAUCUCUGGAGUGCGGUUUGUCCUAGAAGAUGGUGCACAUCACAUGGUGGACUCCAAUGAAAUCUCUUUCAUCAGAGCAGGAGAAGGAGCCCUGAAGCAAGCUAUGGAAAAUGCCACUGUGCGUGUACUCGAACCUGUUAUGGCAGUGGAGGUGAUGGCACCCACGGAAUUCCAAGGAGCAGUGAUAGCUGGAAUUAAUCGCCGCCAUGGUGUGAUCACAGGACAAGAUGGCACAGAGGGUUACUUUACUGUUUAUGCUGAGGUGCCACUGAAUGAUAUGUUCGGAUAUGCCUCUGAGUUGAGGUCUUGCACAGAGGGAAAGGGUGAAUAUACAAUGGAAUACUGUAAAUACCAACCGUGUUCGCCCAGCACUCAAGAAGAAGUAAUUAACAAAUACCUUGAAGCAACAGGGCGACUUCCUGCAAAGAAGGGCAAAGUAAAAAACUGACUCUUUUCCUCUCAUGUACAUUGGAUGUUUUUUCACAAUCUUCUCCCAAAGCUCCUUUG